AUGGGAAAAUUUGGAACAUGCCUAGUGGUAUUAACAUUGGUGUGUUUGAUUGCAACAACAAUUGCAGAACAGUGUGGAAGACAAGCUGGAGGCGCAACAUGUCCAAACAACCUCUGUUGUAGUCAAUACGGUUACUGUGGUGACACCGAUGAUUACUGUUCACCUUCUAAGAACUGUCAAAGUAACUGUCAUGGCAGUGGCGGUGAAAGUGCUUCUAAUGUUCGCGCCACGUAUCACUAUUAUCAACCGGAACAACACGGUUGGGACUUAAACGCUGUUAGUGCUUAUUGUUCAACUUGGGAUGCAAGUAAGCCUUAUUCAUGGCGUAGUAAAUAUGGUUGGACUGCUUUUUGUGGACCGGUUGGACCUCGAGGUCAAGCUUCUUGCGGGAGGUGUCUCAGAGUGAGGAAUUCAGGGACAGGAGCAGAAGAAACAGUGAGAAUUGUAGAUCAAUGCAGCAAUGGAGGGUUGGAUUUGGAUGUGGGUGUGUUUAACAGAAUAGACACAGAUGGAAGAGGAUACCAACAGGGACAUCUUAUUGUGAGCUACCAGUUUGUAGAUUGUGGGAAUGAGCUGGACAUGAUCAACCCUUUGUUCUCCAUCAUGGAUGCUAAACAAUGA